UUGGGGUUCCAGAUACCCCGUAGCCGGCGCGCGCUGCCUCUGACAUCCCCCUCUCAGCCCCCCCCCCACCUGACCCCUAAACUUUGGCGUCCUGCCGACAUUCGUCCCUACGGUGUACCUAACCCUACUCCAGCAAUCCCCGACCCACAACAGUCCUCCCCACAUCCCUCCGAGGCGGCCGGCGGAGAGCCCAGGGCGCCUUUUGCACCGGUGCAGCGAGCGUGGGGUGCAAAGGUAACCCCGCAGCGCUGGGCGUAGGGCUCCCCGAAACGGCGGGGCGACUGCCUGGGAGUGGCCGGGAGCUCAGGGCUGGGAAGCCUCCGCAGCAGGCCCGGCCCCCACCGGCGAGCGCCGUCAGCUGUGGGGCUCGUUUCCAAGGUCUCUGUGUUGGUUAGUUGAAACAAAAAAUAAAUAUGGCCUUCUACAGUUACAAUUCAUUCUUAGCUACUUUCUGGACAAGAUUGCCUAACCAUUUUGUCUAUCCUUCCUGCUCUCAUUCCCCAUCACUUGCAUUUCUCCACUUGCCAGAUUCUCAUUUACGUACAACCUAUAUGAAAAACUAUGGAAGCAGGAAGUACUCCUAUCCCAGUCUGCCAAGCAACAAGGUCCAUCCCUUACGAACUAGACUAAUACAAAAACUGCACACAUCGACUUGCUGGCUAUACAAUGUCCCUGGUAAACCUCAGCUGGAGCAAAUCCCAGGAAAGCCAAAGGUGACAAGCCCUCAGCCUACCAAAGAAGCUAAGAAAGAAGUUACAGAAGAAAAGCGGUCUUUGAGACAAAAAAUCAUGGAUGAACUUAAAUACUAUUACAAUGGAUUCUAUUUACUUUGGAUUGACACGAAAGUUGCUGCCAGAAUAGUUUGGAGGCUGCUGCAUGGACAGGUGCUAACCAGACGAGAGAGGCGAAGGCUGUUGAGAACUUGUGCUGAUGUCUUCCGCUUGGUUCCAUUUAUGGUGUUCAUAAUUGUACCUUUUAUGGAAUUCUUGAUACCAGUGUUCCUGAAGCUCUUCCCAGACAUGUUGCCAUCAACUUUUGAAAGUGAAUCCAAAAAGGAAGAAAAGCAGAAAAAGAAGAUGGCUGCCAAAUUGGAACUAGCAAAAUUCCUACAAGAAACAAUAAAAGAAAUGGUGAAGAGAAACCGAGCCAAGUUGGGAGACGCAUCGACAGAGCUUUCUUCCUAUGUAAAACAGGUCCAAACAGGCCACAGGCCCAGCACUAAGGAGAUAGUUGGCUUUUCCAAACUCUUCGAGGACCAGUUAGCCCUAGAACACUUAGAUCGACCCCAGCUGGUGGCCCUGUGCAAGCUGCUGGAACUUCAGACCUUCGGAACAAACAACUUGCUCCGCUUUCAGCUCCUGAUGACACUUAAGUCUAUAAAAGCAGAUGAUGAGAUAAUUGCCAAAGAAGGGGUGAAGGCUUUGAGUGUGUCAGAACUCCAGUCUGCGUGCCGGGCCCGAGGGAUGAGAUCACUAGGCCUCACCGAGGAACAACUGUGUCAGCAGCUCACAGAGUGGCUGGACCUCCACUUGAAGGAAAAUGUCCCUCCUUCUCUUUUGCUCCUGUCACGUACCUUCUACCUGAUCGAUGUGAAGCCCAAGCCUAUUGAACUGCCGCCGAGUAUAGAGGCUCCAAAGACCAAACUUGUCAUGGUGUCAUCUACUCCCCCUGAGUCACCAGAGAAUGUCUCAGACCCUGCACCUCAACUAAAGGGAACUAAGGACGAAGAAUUUAUACAACUGCCCUCGGGACCAUCAUCACACAUAACACCGCCAUCAGAUAUCUCCAAAGAAGCAGUCCUCCAGGCCAAGUCCCAGAAGACUUCACAGAACAGCAAGGCUAAUUCAAAAGGAGCCUAAGGAGCCCUUGAGGCUGGAGCUCAUUCUCUGCAGUCACUGCCCCUCAGCAGUGGCGUCCAUGACGGAAUUCUAGCUGAGCAUGUCUGGCUUGAGAUAAAGGAUCAGCCAUUAAGUCGUUGGAGGCCUCAUGACCAUUCCAGAGAUGCAAGCAGUGACACCAAGUUCAGGCCAUUUAGAGAAGCUUAAUUGCAGUCUAUCUGUACUGUCUAAUUGUGUCAUCUUACUAAAUGUUGCGUAAAGCCACCCCCACCAUGUUGUCUUUGAAUGGCUUCCUGUGUGCUUUUUGGGAGGGGGCCAGCACUGGGGACCGAGCUCAGGGACCCGUGGUUCCUAGACAGGAACUGCAUCCCUCAUCCUUUAACUUUUUCUGAUUUU